AUGGUGGAGGUGGUGAUCCACGAGCGACGAUUCAAUCACCCGUAUACGCCUUACGAUGUUCAGGUGAAGCUCAUGGAGGCGAUCUACGACACUCUCACGGGAAACUAUAAAGUUGGCAUUUUUGAGAGUCCGACCGGAACUGGAAAGACGCUCUCUAUCAUCUGUUCGACAAUGACGUGGUUACGCGAGCUAAAGCAGCGGCAAAACGCCAUUAUUGAUGACGAUGACGAUGACGAGCCUGAAUGGGUUCGCCAGGCGUAUCGAGAGAAAAUCGUUGGACAAAUGGUCGCUGAGGCUCGCGAAUACGAACGUCAUCUCGACGAGCUGGCCAAGACCCAGGGCAAAGCUAUCGAGAAUAAGAUCAAGGAAAAAACGCAUACUCGCAAGCAGAGAAAAGUGGUCAAAGAGGAAGAUCUCGUUCCCGAGGAUUAUUUUGAGGACGAAACAUUAGAGGACAGAAACUCAAAAAUAGCUAACGAAAUAAAGCAGCUCUUGGCUCAGGUGGAAGGCAGGUCAGAAAGAAAUGACAAGGCGACAAAGAUCAAUCAGUGUGACAGCAAGAUAUUUUUCUCGUCACGGACACACUCGCAGCUGAGUCAAUUUGGACAGCAAUUGAGACUCACCCAUUUUCCGUCGUCUCUGGAGACUGUCGACGAAAAAACAAAGUAUCUGGCAUUAGGAUCCAGAAAACAACUGUGCAUUAAUGAGCAAGUGAGCUCUCUAAAAGACGUUCAACAGAUCAAUGAAGCGUGUCUCGAGCUGCAACGCAAGAAAGACGGGGGAAAGGGUUGUAGCUAUAUGCCAAGGCCGGAAACCGACGACCUGACCACGCAGUUUCGCGAUCUCACGUUCUCUGAAAUCCGAGAUAUUGAGGAGCUGCACGAGAUAGGUUCUCACUAUAGAGUGUGUCCUUACUAUAGUUUGCGCCGCGGCAUGGAAAUUGCCGAGAUUGUGUCCAUGCCGUACCAGCUCUUGCUUCAGAAAUCAACCAGACAGGUUCUGGGGCUGGAUCUGAAAAACAGUAUUGUGGUGAUAGACGAGGCCCAUAAUUUGCUGGAUACGAUAUCUUCGCUGAACUCUGCCACUAUUUCCCUCAGUGAGUUGCUAAAAGUUCGCAAGGCGCUCAAGAGCUAUACCACAAAGUUUUCAUCCCGAUUGAACGCCGGGAACAGAAUAAAUCUCGCCAAGCUCAGUAAGAUGAUUACUAUAUUGGCGAGAUUUUUGACAAAGGAUAGCGAUAAGAAGACAGCAGGAACAGAAAUCAAUGUGACGUCCAUUUUUGACGACACCACUGGCGAUCUGCUCAAUUUUCAUUCUUUAGAGACGUAUCUGACCAAAUCCAAAAUUGCAUAUAAAAUAGAGAGCUAUAUGGAAAAGAUUGACGAAAAUCAUAAAGCUGGAACACCAAUACUUUUCAAGAUUCGAUCCUUUCUAGAGUGUCUCUCCAAUCCCUCGAAGAGUGGUAAAUUGUUCUACGAAAGGGAUUCCGAUAAUGGCAUUGCCAUGAAGUACCUUCUCUUGGACCCCAGCGAAGCGUUCAGGGACAUUGUUGAAGAGUGCAAGUGUGUGCUGCUUGCAGGAGGAACGAUGGAGCCAAUUUCCGACUUUACCAGUUUCCUCGUCCCUUACGUGGAAUCCACUCAAAUCAGGUAUUUCAGUUGCGACCACAUCAUUCCGGCUUCAAACUUAGAUGUCUAUCCUGUGAAGAGCCGUCAGGGGGUGGAGUUUGAGUUCUCAUUCGAUAAGAGAAACGAUAAGAAAAUGAUAAAUGCGCUCGGCGAUGCCAUUUUGGAAAUGGUAGCAGCCGUUCCUGAUGGAAUGGUUGUAUUUUUUCCCAGCUACAAGUACUUGGACCAGCUAGUUGACUUGUGGAAAAAUAGCGGGCACUACCACCGAAUCAACCAGGUGAAAACUAUUUAUACAGAGUCGAGGGAGAACGUGGUUGAUAAUGUCUUGCAAAAUUAUUCUCAGUGUAUCCUUGAGCGCAGCGGAGCUGUUUUAUUUGCCGUUGUUGGCGGAAAGAUGUCGGAGGGAAUCAAUUUUUCCGAUGAGCUUGCACGUGCAGUGGCCAUGGUGGGCCUUCCUUUUCCUAAUCUAAUGAGCGGUGAUCUCAUAGCCAAGAGAAAAUACGUGGAGUCGAAAACGAUAGAGAUGGGAGGGUCGCGUGAGGACGCAGUGGCAAACGCGCGCGAGUUCUACGAGAAUAUAUGCAUGAAAGCGGUGAACCAGAGUGUCGGUCGUGCCAUCAGAAAUAUCAGAGAUUACUCUGUGAUUUACCUGAUAGAUGUACGGUAUGGAAGACCACAUAUCCAGCAAAAGCUCUCUGGCUGGAUUAAAAAACGCAUUGAGCAUGGUGGAGAAGUGAGCGAAGUCAUCAAACAAACGAAACGUUUUUUCAUGAGCAAAUAA